AUGAAGGAGCUGUUCAGGAAGCGCGUCGGUAACUACUUCCUGGGCAGGACCCUUGGAGAGGGAACGUAUGCAAAGGUCAAAUAUGGGCAGCAUGUGGACACAGGGGACAUUGUGGCCAUCAAGGCAAGUUGCUGUGUGCAGGUGCUGGACAAGGACAAGUUGUACAGAGAGGGUAUGAUAGACCAAAUCAAGCGUGAGAUCGCUAUCAUGAAGGACCUGCACCACCCCAACAUAGUGGACUUGAAGGAGGUCAUGGCGUCCAAGGACAAGAUCUACAUGGUCAUGGAAUUCAUGUCCGGCGGGGAGCUCUUUGACAAGAUAGUGUCAGAGGGCCCUUUGGAUGAAGAUGCGGCACGCAAAGUGUUCCAGCAGAUGCUUGACGCGUUGGAUUAUUGCCACAAGUUGGGCAUCUAUCACAGAGACUUGAAGCCGGAGAAUGUGCUGCUGAGCGCAACUGGGGAGGUAAAAUUGAGCGAUUUUGGGCUGGGAGCAUUGCCGGAGUCCUCCCUGGCAGACGGCAUGCUGCGCACAACAUGCGGCACACCCAACUAUGUUGCGCCGGAGGUUCUGGCCAGGAAGGGCUACGCUGGCGGGCCUGCCGACAUCUGGUCUCUUGGUGUGUGCCUGUAUGUGAUCACGGCGGGUGCGCUGCCGUUUGAUGAGCCAAACCUGGGGGCGCUCUUCAGCAAGAUCAGCAAGGCAGACUACCACACGCCCGCGUGGUUCUCUGAGGAGUUGGCGCAUCUGCUGCAUGCCAUUCUAACCCCCAAACCCAAGGAAAGGUGA